CAUUUAACUAAUCUCCACCUUAACCUUUUGUCUGUCUGUCUAACCAGUUACGCAAUCACUUAAAUUUAUAUAGAAGUUAGAAAUGAUUGAUCGGACUUCCAACCAUUACGUUCUUAUCAAACGGUCUAGUUUUUUCUAACAUGACAUCUUAGGUUCAACAACUAUUCAAAUAAGCUUUUAUAUGACAUCAUCCGAGUUGUUAGCCAAAGGAAAUUAUUAAUGUGUCUUGAUCGGUCCAUUGUCUGGCUAAGAUUGUGUACCCUUAUCUUACCAUUUUCAUUCUCUUCAGGUCAACAUUGGUCAAUCACUUUUGAAGGUUGGAUGUAUAUUUUCAUACUCCUUUCCACAUCAGUCUAAGUGGCCUGAAAUAUUAAAAGUGAGAUUUACGGGGGGAGAGGUGGUGAAAAUCAGAAUUCCCAACAAAUUUAUAGACCAAUCAGAAGCUGAGUUGAAAGAACAAAAAUUCAAUUUACUAAUUUCAUGUGCUAAGUCAUGGUUCUAAAUGUCAGUAUGAUGUUUUGAAUCACAUCAUUAAGAAGAGAGGAUCAUUCCGAAUUAUUACGUCCUUAUUUUUCUAGCUUUCGAAAUAUUUUAUCAUAACAGCGACUUCUGGUUCAGAUUACUAAAUGGAUCAAUUUAACGAUCGAUCGCAUCGAUUUUACUCACCUGGUGCCAAUGAGAUAGAUGAAGAAAAUGUAUAUCCACCGUUAGGUGGAGGACUAUACAACCAUAAUCGACUAAAUCGAAUGACAUUUUUCUCAACAACUUCAUCAAAUUCAUCUUUAGCUUCAGGAUUAUCAGAUACUAAUUUUAUUAAUUUAGAGCAAACGGCAGCUACUGGUAGCAGUAGUAGUACAACUAAUCGUUUUGGAUUUUCUGACGGAUUAAUAAAUCAGGAACAUACUGAUAAUGAUAGACAGCAUUUAAAUGUGGUCCAGACUAACAGUUCUCAUAGUUCUUCAAGAUUUAUAUAUAAUCCAUUAAAUGUUUACGAUGCUGGCGAGAAUUUACCACCAGUUGCAAAUUCUGAACGUUACAGGCAAACAUAUAGUCCUAAUUUUAUACAAAAUACUAGUGAUUCUAUUAGUAAUGAUUCUGGAGUAUCUCCAUACUGUUCAAUUGUAUCAUUCCAAAAUAAUAUGAAUGGACAAAAUUUCUGUAUUGAUUGCCGUUAUAACCAUGUAAUGAUAGGUGGACAAAUGUGUUCAUGUAAAUGUCAUAAUGAGUCAAAAGAAGUCACAACAACACCAAUACUAAAUUACGGUACCAAUACGAGGAGUGCUCAAUUUUUAAAUCGACCCUUGUCGUCUGAUAACUAUCUGACACCAACUAAAUAUUCAUGGAACAGCACCUCAUCGUUGUCAGAAACUAUGACACAUCGAGUUCUCCCUCCACUUACAAAUGCAUUAACUGAACAGUGUAAUCAUAAUUCCGUUAAUAAUCAUAAUACAUUCCGCUAUUUCGGUGUAUCUUCUCCAAUUAUGAACGAUAACUCUCCAAGUGGAUACGAUUCAUCGAAUGGAUCAUCUUCUCCAUCAGUGCUAGAUUUAACCGGUGAUGUAAGAACAGUAAAUUUUGUUUCUCACGAUCAACCUCCACUAAGAACAUGAUGACGAUGAUGCAUUUUUAAUUCUUUAUUUUAAAAUAGUCUAGCUUUCUUUCCUACAAAUGUCAAAUAUCAGAUAGUGCGUACAGAGAAAUCAUAGAAUAAAACAUGGGAGAUUAAUGAACAGUUAAAAUUCCAAAAAAGCAGAGUUUGGACGGUAUUUAUGUUGAAUGAAUUAAAUAAAAUCUUUACAAAAUUCGGAGACUAAUUAAUUACAUUAAGUAACACAGCGUUACUUCUGGUCCAACCCCUUAUUUAUGUAUUCUUUUCGUUUGUACUUAUUUUGAUAUUGCUCUUUCGAUAAAAUCAUUUAGUACUUCUAUGCAAAAAUAUUAGAAAUAUUGUUUUCCGAUCCCGGUCUCAAUGCUUUAGGUAUUUUGUUUUUUAAAAUGAAAAUUAUUGUUUUAUUCAUUUAUCCAAUUUUGGUCUUUAUAUUAAAGAAAACAAAAAGAGAUUUAUUAUACAAUCAAAAUAUCUACAUAUUGUCAACUUCCUUCACUAGAAAGCAAUUACACUCGAUCUCAUUUAUAAAUGAUCUCCGAUUACAACUGUAAUGAACUUUGUCUUUUUCAGAUAUGAAAAUUUGUAAUCAAAUGUGCAUCAAUAAUUAAUUAUUUUUCAGAUGGAAA